GUCCCUUCUCUAACGCAACGACCAGGACGAUGGCUUCAGUUAGUUGGGCAAACGUGCCAGGCUUGAAUGGGGACCUCAAAUUGUUCUCGCCGAGCUGUGAUUGUGGUCCUUCUCAUUCCUUGAGACGAUCGUCGCGGUUGACGCUCUCAAUGAAACGAUGUUCUAUCCGAAUAAGGACAUCCUUGCCAUUUCUUGUUCUGCCUCAGCCAUAUUCUACUUACGGUGUCGAAGUUCUAGAUAUGAGACUGCGGUUUCUUCCCUCAUGUUAAACUGACCAAAUGGGCUGACCCCGUUGGAAGACGAAGAAGCCAUGCGGUACCCAGCAGUUGCAUGCUGUCCACACACUUGGCACGACUCUUCGAUUUACAGGCAGGUGCUUGCGGAAAUGAAGUCAUUAAUUAGCUAUCGAUGUUCUGGAAGGCCACUACAGCUGCGGAUGUGGGCACAACACCAAUUUCUGCGCGUACUGCGGAUGGAAGACGAAGGACGACUUGUGAUUGGGGGGCAAGGUAAGGGUCGGAUAUGGUGAAAGAAGGCGCUUAACGAGCGUAUUAGACUCGUGCUCGAGAAUGGCCUGACCCUUGUUUCCCCUUCUUCCUCCCACUUACACCUGCUCACUACCUUCUCUUAACUGCAUUAUAACAAUUCGACAUCUCAUGGAGAAGAAGAAAAAUCGAAUAUCCGGUGACAAAACACCCAGUAGAUGGCGCUCUGUGAAGAAGUUUUUGAAUGUCACCCAUACUAAUAAGGAGGGUGCAAAGUCCUCUCCAUUGAAGCCCUCGGCUCAAACUACGAUACUCAAAGCGGACGUUGCUGCGACUCCGUAUAAGAUUGAUGACAUGCGGAUCCCUACAGAAAACUCGGCGCAUGAAGUACAGAUGACUGAAGCUGUUCUAGAGCCUAUGCAGGAGGUGAUCGUGGACAAAGGCAAGGGCGUCGAGGGUCGGGAUGUUCAACAGCAUCUAACAACGCAGCACGAUGAAGAUAGCGCUAUGUCAGACGCUUUUACGUCGGGAAAUAGUAAUGCACCAAGCCACUUACACUGGGAGAAUGUUCAAAGCACUCCCGGAAACGCGUUAGGCCAGGGUUCUCCGUUUGGGGUGCUGACCCCCGAGUCGACAAGUAUCGAUGCGUCUUUCGUCGUUGUUAACGACACAUCACUUUCUGCUAUUGAUGCCCUUUCCAAUAAUCUCCUAUCAUUGUCGGAGGGCAUGGACAUCGACGAGCCUUCCACCAAUGCAAUGCCCGAUACGUCACAGUCAGACAUUGCAGAUGGCAGGGGUCCUGACGUUGAUCAUGCACUCAACCAGACUAACAAUAAUCAAGUACCGAAUGGUACUUUCGACAUAGCGAAGUCCAUUAAAGGAAUGUAUAGAAUCCUGGAUUUGGUUAGCGAGCAGGGUAGUGGGGGUCUUGUGGAUAAGAUCAUUAUCUCGCAGGAAUCUCUUGGUCAUUUCAUCAACGCCAUACUACCUGGCGCGUAUGCGUCGAUGACCAAGGUCGAUUUCAAAGCACUGGACAGUCUCUCGAUAAAACCUUUGGGCAUCUAUGGCAGUCGUUCUGAAAUCGUCAAGUUUCUUCAAGAUAUCAAAGCCAUAGAUGAUAAUCUUGCAGAUACGUUACGACACAGCCGGGACGAUGGACGUGCUGGCCCCGGCUUGCGAUCAGGUCUAUACGCUUUGCGUCCUCACACUGGCUCAAUCAUAUAUGUCAUCUAUUGGCCUGAAGAAACAACCUGGAAUGACGACGCGAUCUCAGCCGUGCAGCGCAAUCGAAUCACCUUCAUGAGAUUCUUGACGAAAAUUGCUGACCAGAUUAUCGCAUUAAUCUCAGACGAGGACGCCAGUAAGAUUGUGUGGCGCGAUACGUCGCAUGAUACACCAGUCGACGCGGACGAUGACGAAAUCGACCGGCUAUUCACUUUUCAAGUAGCGAAAACUAACGAGCAAGAAGAAAACGUUAGCAUUAGACCAGGCUUCACCCUGGAUCUGCCGAAGUCUGAGGAAGUGCAAGGUUUAUACGGACAGAAUAUUGAACCCGUGCUUGUGGCACCCCGGCUGGUUCCUGGAGAAACAGUUACUGGCUUGCUAGACGUCCAGUACAUCCCGUCUCAUCACAAUACACGUACUUUUCGCGAAUCCUACUCCUCACGCCGCCUGGAGCAAUUUCUUGAACGAGAUUCUUUCAUCCUGAGCGAGUCUCUCUCGGAGGAGGCGCUCCAAAUAUUGUUGGGCAAGGGACUAGGCAAUAAGCGAAAUCAAGAUGCAGUGAGCGAAUUUCGGAACUCGCGCAGGGUGGCCGAUGAGGCUUUUCGUGCGCAAAUCAAAGCAAGAGAAGAUGAGAUCAGACAGAAGCUACAGGAUAACAACGCACGCCUGGUUAGGGCAUUGCAGCGGGCCCUGGUGAAGUCUGUGUUGAUGACAUUCAGCAAUGUCGAUGGGAAGAUGUUAAGUGAGCAAUACUCUGACCAAAAUGAAGAUGAGCUUGAAGCCUUUCUCGACGACCUCUUUGCACUGCACUCGAAGAUAAGGGAUCGACUUUCCGAGGUUUGCAAGGAUCGAAUGUUCCACAAGAUCCCGAAGAAGGCAUACACGAUGAAGAAGGAACAACUGCUCAUGCUCGAGCGAAUACUCGUCGAGAAGCGUGAUUUGCCGGUUGAUGAGCAACGAGAGAUUGUGGAAAGUGGACUGAAGGAACAUUCAGUCAACUCGCAAGGUGUUAUUUCUAAAAUCGGUUCAGCUUUCGGUUCAGCUGUUACUGGCUGGCUGCCCGCCAAUCCCCCGUCUGCUUUCAGUGCCCCUCAUGUGGAUCAACACUUCACGCAAGACCAUCUCAAGAUGGCUAAAGUCGAUGCUGCCAAGUUUGAUGAUGCUGACUUUCUGGCUCGCCUACCAAGCAUAGUCGACGAGUAUCCUGUGCUUGCGGAGGGUGCGGCAGACGUCGCAAAGCUUGCUCAGGAGCACUUGAUGGAGUCCAUCCAUAAACGUACACAUGAUAUCGCAAGAUUUGCAGAAGAUGUGCAGCUCAGAGAUUGCAAGCAACAGAUUCAGAAUCAGGUAGACACUGACCGGCGAAACCAGGAACGAGAGUCGCGGUGCAAGUUCCUCGCCAGUGUCCGAGAUGCCUAUCGUGACGGUACUGAAGGGGUUGUGAUCAUACAGGACGUCCGUUCCGCUUACCGAUUUCAUCAAGAGAGCUUCCAGGUCUCGGGGAUUCGCGAGGACCGCUUGGACGCUUCUCUCAAAUACCGUAUCCGCACCUUUGAGCUGACAGAGACAGACAAGCAUAUGCUUCAGCUUGAUCAAAGUUUCGUUCCGGCCCCGAAGCUUUACGCAGGCUCAGCCUUCUCAUUUGGUAUGCCCCUUGGACGUCGUCUUCUUCAUCUCCAGUUACUGCAAGAUGAACGAUGCCUUCUUAUAAUGGACUGUAAAGAGGAAAUCAGGAUCUAUCUGGAUCGCAUCGACGUGAUUGAGAAUGCGGUACUCCAUGAUAAGUGGAAGAAGAAACUGCAUCGAUCUAAAAUCGGCAAUGAUUUCAUACUGGCAUUUGAUGAAACCAAGCGUAUGCUCGCUAUCUGUGCUAUGGAUAAGUCCUCAUUGAACGUGUUUGUCGCGGAUGAGAAGUUCACAUCACUACAAGCUCUGGGGUCUCAAGUCGAUCUAAGAAUCUGGUACCCUGAGAGUCAGACGAAACUGGUCCAUGCGGCCUUCUUAUGUGGCGCUAGCGAGGAACUGGUCCUUGUCGAUGAUGGCGGUCAUAUUCGAGUCUAUUCAUUGACAACUCAACAGUUUCGACCUGCAUCCUUGGAUAUCUUAACACUGCCAGUUAGCAUUCAUUCGUCUCCUGACGGCUCGUGUCUAUUCACGACUGAAGCCGAUUCUGAGGGUACCUACCUUCGAGCAUAUCAUUGGUCCAAUUUCGGAAGUACAAAUGGCAUAUCUCUUGAGCUUCCGGACUUCCCGCGGGAUUCCAGUAUCAUGACGUCCAUUGGCAAUCGAUCCAAAGUUCAUUACAUCGGACUUGAUUCCGCGCGAGGACAAUGCAGGUCGUUUGUGCUGGAUAUAUCACGAAAAGUGACUGAAUUCACUUUCCAAGAGCGAGGAGGACAAGCCUCUCGAGCGAACACAGGCAAACUCACAUUCUGCAACAGCCUCAUCGAUUGUCACUCUGACGUGUGGACACGCUUCCCAGUCGUACCUGCUGUCCGAAGAACCACCGCCAAUUCGGCAUUUUCCAGCACCCCAAGGUCACUGACCUUUGUCUCUCGACUUGCUCCUACUUUGUUCCAAAGCCAUUUCUCAGAUCUUAUUGCCAACUUCGAACGGGUAACACGGAAGCCGACCGAAAGGGAGCUUUCGGGCAUCGUCAUUCAAGGGGCCACAUAUGAAUCUUUCAGAGAAAGUGAUAGCCUCGCUCUGUCUUCUUACACGUGUGGCGAGUGGCUUGUCAACCUGCUAUGCCUGAUUCCGAUUCACAUUGCGGUCACACGAGACAAUCGAUUCAUCCCACUGAAAGACGGCGUCUGGUCCUUGGAGUUGGAACGUUCUCUUCUUGGGGCGACUGUGGAACAGAUCGUGGACAGUCUCUCAUUUGGAUGGUAUGAAUCCAUAUUUCAAUCGUACCUAGCAUCAAAGCCUGUACGUGUUGUCUCUUCUAUGGGAGAACAAUCAGUAGGGAAGAGCUUUGCAUUGAAUCACCUUGUGGACACUUCUUUCGCGGGAUCAGCUAUGCGGACGACAGAAGGUGUUUGGAUGUCUGUGACACCUACCGAUGAUGCACUUAUAGUUGCUUUGGACUUCGAAGGUGUCCAUAGUAUUGAGCGCUCUGCUCAGGAAGACAGCUUGCUUGUACUAUUCAAUACCGCUAUGUCGAACUUGGUCCUGUUCAGGAACAACUUUGCGUUGUCUCGCGACAUCACUGGCCUUUUUCAGUCAUUCCAGUCCUCUUCCACUGUUUUGGACCCAGCGGCGAACCCGACUCUGUUCAAGUCUACGCUUGUUAUCAUCAUCAAGGAUGUAGUCGAUUCCGACAAGAAGGAGAUCACAAAAGAGUUCAGCUUGAAAUUCCAAAAGAUCGUCGAACUUGAGCAGGGCUCUAAUUUUAUCACAAAGUUGCAUGGUGGUAAUUUGGCCAUCAUUCCUUGGCCGGUGAUUGAGUCGCGUCAGUUCUACAAUCUCUUCCCUGCUCUGAAGAAGAUGCUCGACAAGCAACAGGUGACACAUUCAAAAGCUGGAAUUUUUCUGCAGACUAUGAAGACCCUCAUGGCAAAAUUGAAGGUUAACGAUUGGGGUGCCCUUGAUCAGAAUCUAUCAUCCCACCGAGCACAGCAGCUCAUGUCCCUCCUUCCUCGAGCUCUCAUGUACGGUGCCACGGAGAUAGAACCCGAAAUCGAGCCUUUAAGAGACUUCGAUACUGGCCUUACAAUAGAUAAACCGGACAGUGCCGCAAAGUUUUAUUUGGCCGAUACGAAGGCUUCAGUACAACUAGCCGAGCAGGAGCACUCCCUGGCUUCGCUUGUGAACACAUGGGACCUAUUCGGCCAGCGUUUUGAUUUGUCUGAGCAGGAUUGGGUCGAAGGACUCAGUAACUUCUUGGAUGGCUUGGCUAACGAUCGCAUUGACCACGUCCAAGAGUGGCUGCAAGUAAACACUGCUCGGUUCAAAGGCGAUUCUCCUCAAUUUGAAGAUAUUCGCAGACUUUACGAUAGUCUGGUGAUCAGUUUGCGAUCCAAUAUCCGUCUUUGCACCAUGCAAUGUUCGGAGUGCCAACUUCUGUGUCUCCAUGCCAGGCAUCACGAAGGCGAGCACGAUUGCCGCACAACGCAUCACUGUAGCCAUGCGUGUCAGUAUGUCGAUGAACAUGCUGGAAACCUGGAGUCCUGUGGUCUUCCCGCCGGACAUGCUGGAGGACAUAUCUGCGAUAUCUCUGCUCACUUAUGUGGUCAACCAUGUCGUUUGAUCGGGAGAGGUGGAUGUCUGGAGCGAUGUUCAAAGGUAGCCAAUCAUACGGACGACGAGCACGUCUGUCCUGCGUCGCAUGAAUGUGGAGAGCAUUGCAGCCUUGUGGACAUCAGGCUUUCGGACGGUUCUUUAUUUUCCUGUCCUGAAUCGUGUCGUAGACCCAGCAACGAGCCACACAAUACUCAUGUAUGCGAGAAUCGAUCUUGCCCCAUCCGAUGCCAAUUGUGCAAGCGUCUUUGCGCUAGUCCGGAUCAUCUCCAUGCAUUGGAUUCUAAUGCAAUACAUCUUUGCGGACAAGACCAUCCAUGUCCAGCGUCGUGUCAGUCGCCGGGCAUCUGCCGUAUCGAGACUACUCCGCAGUCAAUAGAGGCCACCUUCACCGGAAGACACGAAACCUUCCAAUACACCAAGUACACGCAGGCUUCCCGUCGUUUGCCUUGCGUCAUUGCAGUUCCUGCAGGGCAGACGGAACAUCACGGUAAACACCUUCACAGCCUCGAGAAAAGUGCAUUCCAUUUUUGUGAGGCCCGUUGCGAAGACUGUGGCUAUUUCUGUACUUUGCCCCUUGGCCAUACGCAGCAGGAGCAUGAAACGAGUCAUGGUUCAAUGUCCCGGACAAAGUGGGCUAUAGAUGGACAAGAUGGCACAGUCUUGGAGGUGAAUGGUCGCAAGUUCGGCGCUACCGACGACGGCGCACCUAUGUUGUGCUCUAUGGUCUGCCGUAACAUGGGUCGCCAUGUCCACAUUGACUACUGUCGUUCGGAAAAUGCCAACGCAUGCUCUGGCGCUGAUUUAGAGCAUAUUUCUGCGAGAAUGGUGCCAAAUCCAGAGCGUGCCAAAGAUUUCAUCAGCCAUGCCCUUCAUUGGAGAAGAACAGAUCCAUAUUCGCAAGAAGAAAGGACAUCAUUCUCCAAGUGUGACUCCAUGUGUGGAGGUCCAGAACAUCAGGCUGACACCACAGGAUCUGCUCAGCCUUCGUACUGCAACCUUGGCCUAUUCCAUCGCCCUCUUCCGGCAGGACAGGGACCCCCCGGCGGUAUAGGUUACAUUUCGAGAGAUGGGCAUCACUUCAGCUGCAGAAAUCCUGCUCAAAUGCAACAGGCGUUCCACGUGAUCUUCGUCAUUGACAGGUCUGGCUCGAUGGGCAUUAGUGACCGUCGUCCCCUUGCAAAUACACCAAUGACAGGUAGGAUCGCGGCUCAGCACAAUAAUCGUGUUGGAGCAGUAUACUCUUCCCUGCAUGGCUUUUGGCAAGCUCGAGCUUCCGCGAUGAACGCUGGCGUCGGAAAUGCUCUGAAUCGUCGCGAUGCUUACAGCGUGGUUUUGUUCGACCAUGCCGUCUAUAAGUCUGUUGACAAUGACUUCACGAGCACACCAGAACAACUCCUUGCAAAGGUACUCGCCUACGGGGCAGGGGGUGGAACAAAUUACACAGCUGCUGUGAAGGAAGCUCAAGCGAUCAUGGAAAAGAAUUGGAGUACCGAAAGGAUACCAGUCGUGAUUUUCCUUUCCGAUGGUGAAUGUAGUAUAGAGGAUCAGACGAUUCGAGACCUGUGUCGCCGUUCUGUAGCUCUUGGCCGACCUUUGUCGUUCCACACCGUUGCCUUUGGUCCUUCGAAUGCAAUCCUUCGCAGAAUGGCACAGAUAGCCAGUGAGGUUCAAGCGACGGUACCUGCAGACCCAAUGCAUCCAACUGUUGCCUCCUCCUAUACUGAAGCCUUGGAUACGAUUCGAUUGGCAGAAACCUUCCUUGGUCUCGCUGAGUCCCUUCGCAGGCCCAGAGGUUCUCUUAUGCGUGGAUGAGAUAUGAAAACGGUUCCCUAACUUGUUACGUUACCAGGGACGAUUUGUUGGUGUAUAUGAUUCUGUGUAUUGUGGCUGUGUACUGGAUUUGGCAUCUAGAAUACAUCUGAGGUGAAGUGAAUCAUAUCGAUACAUCAUUGGAGACGU